UUGACAAUUAAUGUAGUGCCAACAAAAGAAAACGAAAUAAAACAGAUGAAAACGAAAAGUCACUGUUGAAUUUAGCGAAAGUAGACAGACCGCAAUAUUCUGUAUUCCAAUAUCCGAAUUUAUUUGUGUUAACACGUAUAAAAUAAAAGGUUGAUGGCAGAAAUGGAUUUGUUGGUAAUUGAUAAGGAUGAAGUAGACAUUCGUGCAACAAAGGACACUCCGAUGGAUGAGCUAGACAUGGAAGACUUGUACACUAAAUAUAAGAAACUACAAAGAAUGUUGGAAUUUCUUGAAGUUCAGGAGGAGUAUAUCAAGGAUGAACAAAGAAAUUUAAAAAAGGAAUACCUUCAUGCACAGGAGGAAGUUAAGCGUAUCCAAUCGGUUCCUUUGGUUAUUGGACAGUUUUUGGAAGCUGUUGAUCAAAAUAAUGGAAUUGUUGGUUCAACAACUGGAUCGAAUUAUUUUGUAAGAAUACUUUCUACAAUCGAUCGCGAAUUGUUGAAACCAUCAGCCAGCGUAGCGUUGCAUAAGCAUAGCAAUGCGUUGGUAGAUGUUUUACCCCCCGAGGCAGACAGCUCUAUUUCCAUGCUGCAAGCGGACGAGAAACCGGAAGUACAAUACUCUGAUAUUGGUGGAAUGGAUAUGCAAAAACAAGAAAUUCGUGAGGCUGUAGAGCUUCCGUUAACGCACUUUGAGCUCUAUAAACAAAUCGGCAUAGAUCCACCAAGGGGUGUUUUGAUGUAUGGGCCUCCUGGUUGUGGAAAAACGAUGCUCGCAAAGGCCGUGGCUCAUCAUACCACAGCUGCAUUCAUCAGAGUGGUGGGUUCAGAGUUCGUGCAAAAAUAUUUGGGAGAAGGUCCCCGUAUGGUGCGUGACGUGUUUCGUUUGGCAAAAGAAAAUUCACCGGCUAUUAUUUUCAUAGACGAAAUUGAUGCAAUUGCAACGAAAAGAUUUGACGCCCAAACAGGAGCUGACAGAGAAGUCCAGCGCAUUCUGCUAGAGUUGCUCAACCAAAUGGAUGGGUUUGAUCAAACGACGAAUGUAAAAGUAAUUAUGGCAACCAAUCGUGCCGACACUUUGGAUCCAGCUCUUCUGAGACCCGGUCGAUUGGAUAGAAAAAUCGAAUUUCCGUUACCAGAUCGCCGUCAAAAGCGAUUGAUUUUUUCAACCAUAACGACUAAAAUGAAUUUGUCGGAAGAUGUUGAUCUAGAGGACUAUGUAGCUCGACCAGAUAAAAUUUCGGGAGCUGACAUAAAUGCUAUUUGUCAGGAAGCCGGUAUGCACGCAGUAAGAGAAAACAGAUAUAUUGUUCUGGCAAAAGAUUUCGAGAAAGGUUACAAAAAUAACAUCAAGAAAGAUGAAACAGAACAUGAAUUUUAUAAAUAAUUUUUGCAGAUCACAGCGUUGUGUAUUAUCUGUUUAAAAUUAUACUGCACUAUAAUUCAAUAAAAAAAAAUGAUCGCUGAA